AAGAUCGGGCGUCGUCGUCGGGUAUUUUUUUUUUGUUUUUGGAAAGGUGUGAAAGACAAGAGUUAUGGACUCUUUCCAAACACAACCUCUAAGAUCUUCAUUACAAAGUGUUACCACUGACUAUCAACCUUAUUACUAGCCAUCAACUUCUCUGCCUAUAUCAUCCAUCAAAACAUCAUCAAUAUCAAAAUCAUCACCAUUUCUGUAGUCACCGUUGUUACUAUUAAUUAUUAUUAUUAUUAUCAUAUUUAUAAUCAUUACUGUUAUCACAAUUAAUAUUAUUAUCAGUAUCAGCAGCAGCAGUGACAACAAUAACAACAACAAUAACAACAACGACGCAGAAAGUCUGAUGAAAGUUCCAAUAAUAAUAUUAUCAAUAACUUCUGUAUGGAAAAUUUAAAGGAUAGAAUGGAAAAUUUAAAGGAUAGAAAUCAAAACAAACUGUGAGUGAAAGGAAGCGGACACAAUCGUGUACUUGUUGGAAUUUCUAAUCUACCUGUCUGUCUGUGUCUCAAUUUCCUUUCCAUCUCUUUUUAUCUGCUCCCUCCCACCUAUAUACAUUUUACAUUUUAUCAAUGAAAAAUCACUCUUCCUAACUUAUAUCAGUCAAUCGAAGAUCAAUCCAAGUAUAUAUAAUAUAAAUAUAAAUAUAUAUAUAUACAUACAUACUUGAGUGUGUGUGUGUGUAUAUACAUAUAUAUAUAUAUAUAUAUGUAUGUAUGUAUGUUUGUAUUUAUGUAUACCUGAGAGAAUAUAUAUAGUUGAUAACUAGCCCCUUACACACACAAACAUAUUUAUGCUUACGUACCUACAUACAUAAUACCUCGUGUUAAUAAAUACAUAAUUCAUAUACGUACAAUUCAAACACACACGCACACACAAACACAUUUACAAUAUCUAUCUAUCUAUCUAUCUAUCUAUCUAUCUAUCUAUCUAUCUAUCUAUCUAUCUAUUUAUCUCUCUACAUACAUACCUACAUACAUACAUACAUACAUACAUGCAUACACAUGCGUAUGUUGAUAUAUUAACAUAAGUACCUAUAUGCAUAUGUAUGUAUAUCUAAAUAUAUCUAUAACAUAUAUCAUUUAUGUAUAUUAAAAUAUAAGGAACUUUUAACAGCCAUAAGAACUUCGAGGAACUGGAAACAUUUCGGAAAUUGUAUAUUGUGAAUAUCAACUCAAAACAUCAACGGAUUAAAACGCGUGGAUAUCUCAGGGGAUUUUAAUCUUUAUAAUUGUCUAUUUUUAAAAAGACAUCAUUUUGUUUUAAUUCAAAAUUUUUUUUUUUAUUUACCUCUGUGAAGUAUUAUCCGAACACAGAACACUACUUUUUUGCACCAGUCUCUAAGAAACAGCUAUAUAUAGAAGGUAAAGUUGAAAUGAAAACCAUCCACCUACAAAAUCAAGAUUUGCAAUCCAUACAUGCACGUUAAUUUAUUUUACCUGGUAAAUGAUAUAUUAUUAUAUGUAAUUGAACAAAUAAUCCAGACGGUGGGUGUUGGCUUUUCUUUCAAACGAUCCUUUAUAAACAUAAAGUAAUAUCAUCCAGUAUUUAACUGAGAAAACAGAAAAAAUAUCAACCAGAAAACAACAGCAACAAACUUUAAAUGCAACCAUUUUUGGCUGCUUUUUUUAUGUUUUGAGUUCAAAUCCUGUUGUGAAUGAAACAAAAUAAUAAAUACCAACAAGAUAAUGCAGUCGUUUUAGUUGACUUGUAAUAAACGCCCCUUUUAUUACCAAAAAAAGAAAAACAAGAGAGAAAAAAAAGCUGGCUUUUUGCCACAAUAAGAAGUCCUUACCAUAUCUCUGCAUUUUAAAAACUUUUUGGUGGAUCACACAUGCGAGCCAUAAGGAAAAUGUCCACAGCAGAAUAAACCGUGGAGGGUGCUUCCUCGGACCGUAGUGAAGCUCUCCUGAGCACUGGAGUGCUUUCAUCUCUCAAAAUGCCUAUUUACACGACGAGUAACUUGGCAAAACAACUGCGUGAGAAUUGGUUAUCCAAAUACCCGUCUGACACCUACAAUACCGGCUCAAUUAAUUUGGACGAUAGUCUCACCAGUCUGAACUGGCUUCAGAACUUAAAGAUUCUUCGGGUACCGAAUCCGUCGCCGUCUCCAAACUGUGAAUCAGCGCGGGUUUUGACAACAUCGAUGGGACGUAGAGGAGGAGUAUCGGAAGAAGCUGACGACAACGGAGUUUUACGGGUUGUUCAAGAUGAUGGGGAAUCGGACUCUAGAUUAAAAUACAGCCAUUUUAUGUAUCUAAACAAUUCCAAAAAUACAAAUAAGCAUCAGACAAUUGAUUAUAAAACAAACUCUUGUGUAAAACCUCCAUUUUCCUAUGCUGCCCUUAUAUGUAUGGCUAUGAAAGCAAGUCCGUCCAACAAAAUGACUCUAUCUGCGAUAUAUUCCUGGAUUACAGACAAUUUUGUUUACUAUCGGAUGGCUGAUCCAAGUUGGCAAAAUUCUAUACGUCACAAUUUGUCUUUGAAUAAAUGUUUCCAAAAAGUUCCUCGGAGAAAAGAUGAACCUGGUAAAGGAGGUUUCUGGAAGGUGAAUCCUGAAUAUAUUGACCAGAUAGAAAAUGGUAUAUUGAAGAAAAGAAAGCACAAUGAUCUUAACUACACACCCUUGAAGCGAAGUCGGUCAGACAUUAGCUGUCAAUCGGACAGUUUGAAUUCCCAAUCAGGACCUGAUUGGGAAGGUAACAAAGCUGCAGAAAUGCUGUCAAAUGUCAUUCACCUGCCUCCCACUGAUGAAGUGAGUAAUGACUUUAACCUGAACUUCCUGUUUGACCAAGACAUCAUGGUUGGCGAUGUGAAAGUGAAAACAGAAACAAUUAUUGAUGAAGUAGAUUACGGUUCUUUGAUGGCGCUUAGUCCUCCAGAUUCUGAUGGAUCCAACGCUGACGAUAUCAGCAUGGACAAUUUUUUCUGUAGCAAUAUAUUAAACAAGCCUGUAAAUUCUUCCAUGAAUGGUCGGGGGCAUUCACUGGAUGGUUCUCUAACUAAUAACCCCCUCGAUUUAACUGUAAAAGGUACUGGUAUCAAACAUUGGUGGGCUGGGAAUGACAUGUGUAGCAACAGCUUCAAUCUUAGUGCUGAGACUCGAGACUUUCUUAACAACACUAUAUUUACUAUAUGUGACAGUGCUGAUGGACUGAACACACCUGAAUCAAGUUCACCUUUACCUGAGAAUCCCCACCCUUGGGCAGAAUCUCGAACCCAUUCUGACGAUAUGACAGCAACUUUUGAUAUUGAUACAAUAAUGUAAACCAGACAAAAAGAGAAUGGUAACUGAGUGUGACAUAUAACAACAUCAUCUUGGAAAAUGGUUUACAAAAAGAUCAGUAAAAUUUAAACACCAAAAAGUUAUUUGGUUUCUAAUUCUACGAUACUUCUACUAACAUUAAACACCUUCUAAACAUAUCUUUCUAAUCUUAAUAAUUUCUUGGUGAUAUAUUACUACUUUUUGUUUGCCUUUCCAAUCUCCUCUCAGAUUCAUACAUCCUGCAGUAACCUAAAAAGCAGCAUUUUGGCUUGGUUUGGUAGUUUGUUUUGUUUUGUUUUGUUUUAUUUUACAACAAAAAAGAAAGAAAAGAAAAAAAAGAUAAAACAGAGCAACACAAAAAUAACAAAAUAUAUAAAAUGAGAUAAAAAUAUUGUACCACUGGUCAAUGUUGAAAAAUUUUAAGAUGCUAUAUUUUAUUUUAAUUUAGCCCCUCCCACCCAUUUUUUUUUCUUUUUCUUAUGUGAACAAUCACUUGGUAACUAGGACUUAAUGAACCAUUAAUGAUUUUGGUCUCCUGAAGUUGCUGUAGAGGAUCGACUGAUAUCUUAACAAUGGGCGGAGUUUGUUUUUCCAUUUGCUGUCAUAGAUAUGAACUUCAAUAAAGUGUAUUCUCCAUUAUUACCUUUAAAUUCUAACACAAUGAACUUUCUACCCAAUUGUUGUCAACUACAUCUUCCUUCAGCUCAUUACAACAAAGCAUCAGAUUUCUAAGAAGAUAAUUUAGCCAUGUGGUAGGUUUUCAGUUUUCAUGUUUUGAAAAUCUAUUGAAAAAAAAAAAAAUUAAUAAAAAUUUGGAAAAAAAAAAUUUACAAAAAUUAAAAACAUUGAAUACAUUCUUCAACUUCCGGUUCUAAUAUUUGUUGACUGCAGUUACUCAUAGCUUCCAUAUGGUAUUGAUGGACAGAGCCACACAGUCCAAGUUGCAUUCUACAAGGACAUAUUUAAUCUAUUGUCUAAAUCAUAUAUCUUAAGUGUUUGUUUUAUGUAUGCAUGUGUGAAUGUUGUUUGUAUAUGAGUGUAUGUAUGUUUUGUGUCUCUUUAAUUGUGUCUUUAUAUUAGUCUUCUACUCUGUGGCAAUGCCUUAAUCUUUUAAUCUUGGUUGUUAGAUUGAUUACAAUGGAAAUCUUAAGAAAUAGAUAUCAAAGUCUUAUGUACUUUGUUAUAUAUAUUCCUUGUGAGAUUUUUCUAUUGAGCCUUUGAAAAAAACCUCCGUCCAUUUUAUAUUUGACUGAAAUAAUAAAUACACUGUUACAUUUGA